GCGUAUGCCGUGAUUGGCACUUGUAUCCCGAUCAUAUGUAAACGUUUACACAAUCGACCGAUCCGCGCUUUGGGAGGAGGUGUUGCUACACCAAUGCACAACUAGUGUCAGACAUAUUACGCCGACCAUUGGUCUACAAAUUCUCGACCAAUCAUUGGGAAUAACUGAAGACAAAAAUAUCCAAUUAAAAAUUUUUACAAAUUGCGAAAAAUUGAGUAUUCGUAAUGAUGGAACAAUUGACCACGGAUGGUCAAGUUGUGAUGCAAACGCCCGUUCAAGUGAUGCAAAUGAAUCAAACUGGACAAGUGAUACAAGGUGCAAAUGGACAACCGAUAAUGGUGCAUACGGUACCUCAACCUGGACAAACAAUACAAGUGGCAGGUCCUGGACAACAAGGAACUGCUCUACCAAUUCAAGUUGUAAAUCAAGGUCAAAUUGUUAUACAACAGCCACAACAAGCUCAAAUUAUCCAAACCGCUGAUGGACAAGCUUUUAUAUAUCAAACUGUUAAAUUGGAACAUGCGUUGCAACAAGCUCAACCGGCUGCCACAUUUAAUAUCAAUGGAAAUAUUGUACAACUGGGUACUGGACAAGCGGCUACAGCUGUUGCUGCACAAUCUACAGUAACAACACAAUCAGCGGGUUCUGGAGUAACAUCACCUGUAAUUCAACAAGCAACAACAUUACAAGCGAGUGCUGUACAAACCACUUCAAAUGCUCAACAAUUAGGUGUAGCUGCAAAUGGUAAUAUUGUUAUGGUUGGCAGUAUUGCUGAUAUGGUACCUGGACCAAGUCAAAGUGUUCAACAAUUUCAACGAGUACCUAUACCUGGAACAGAAUUUCUCGAAGAGGAACCAUUAUAUGUAAAUGCUAAACAAUAUAGAAGAAUAUUAAAGAGGAGGCAUGCACGUGCUAAAUUGGAAGCAGAAGGAAAAAUUCCUAAAGAACGACCGAAAUAUUUACAUGAAUCCCGCCACAGACAUGCAAUGAAUAGAAUACGAGGUGAAGGCGGCCGUUUUCAUUCUGGGUCAGUUAAGAAACGCAGACAUGAAUCACAAAAUGCUCAAAGAGGUAUGUCAAUUCCAGCCACAUCAUCGGCCACAAAUUGUUUAACCGAUUUGCCGUCGUUAGCGUCUAGUAUCAUUAUUGAAAAUGCUGGUACCAAUGGAAUGGGUGAAAUCAUGUCAGAUCCAUUAUCUGGUUGAUAUACGACCAACAAUUUUUUGUAUUUAACUUAAACAAAUUCAUCAAUUUUAUUCUUUUAAUUUAUCAAAUUCAUGGGUCAUUUUGAUUUCUUUUAUAAAGAAAUAUAUGGCCUUAAAAAUUUUAUCACAGCAGUUUAAAAAAAAAUGGCGUUUAAUGUCGUUGAAUGUAAAAAUGAAUGAUUGAAGGAUAAUUUUUUUUGGUUUAAAUGCAUGAAUGAGAUAGAUUGUAACGGCCUAACCAAAUUAUUUAAAUUUUGCACUUAGGGUUGCCACUUCAAUGUUCCGGGAAGUCGGGAAAUAAAUUAUCCAUUAUAAAAAAUUUAAAUAAAUAUUCAAUUAAUUUUAAAUAAAAGCUGCUCACAAUUGUCAAAAUCUACCAAAAUAUUAAAAAAAUAAUCAAAGAAUCAAUUUACUAAACUCUGAAGGAUUUAUGUUGAUAUCGAGAGUCGAUAGAAAUUACACAAUUUCUGGGGUCUCCUGAUCAAAUCUGCAGAGAUGGCAGCCUUAUUUGGACUUCGUACUAUUUUUUGAAUGACAAGAAAUUAAAAUUUUAAUCUUUUUUUAGUUGUUCUUAAAAGAGUAAUUUUUCUAAGACACUUCCAAUUUAUAGCCUGCUUUUCGUCGACCGGACAUUUUUUUAUUUCUUUAAAGUUUUGACCAAAUUUUUAACAACUAAAUAAGAACGAAAUUCUUAAAUUACAUUUAGAGCAAGUUAUCGACACGAAAUUAAGUAUUGGACGUAUUUCGAGGAUUUUUUGAUGCAACUUCGUAUCUCAGAAAAGAAUGGUUUAUAAAAGACCAAAUAUUUAUAAUUUUUAUUUAUAUAGAAAAUAAUAUUUUGUCUCUCUUGGACAAACUUAUGUUUUUGCGAUAUGAAAUUGAAACAGAAAAUUCUUGUUAUGAUUAAAAAUUUGAAUUGAAUGGUGAUGAAGAUGAAGAAAUAAUAAAAAUAUUUUU